AUGGAUGACCAGGAAGACCUGACAGGUGGGCCAAAACUGUUAUCACCAUUUUCAGUAUCAAGUGAGAUUAAAGAAGCAGAGAAGGACGAUUUCAGCGUAGAGAACCCGUUUAGAAAUUCGAAGGAAUUCCACUUGAAGUCACCAAUCCCCUCACAAAGCAUAAGUAUUUCAGAUAGGUUGUCCGAGAGUGGUGAAGAGACAGAUGAAGCAAAAACACAAACAGAGAAUUCAUCAGAUUACAGAAGUGACAGCAGUUUCAGACGACCCGCAUCUGGUGUUUUCACAUAUGAAGAUUACUGCGAGCUUGAAAGGGUUUAUGCGGAUUCGGUGAUUAAAAAUAAAGAUCUUAUACGAGAGCAGGAACGAAUUGCAGAUGAUUUAGAGACGCGAGGAAAACAGGUUGAGGAAAAGACACUGCGAAUAAAUCAGUUGCUAAGAGAAAAUGCGUCGUUAGUGGGGCAGCUAAGAAAAGAAAGAAAGCUUAAUGAACAGGAAUUCAACUCGUGGGCGGACACAAAGGCAGAGUUAGAGAUGAAGCUCGGAAAUUUAAGAGAUGCGAUUAACAGGAGGGACGGGAACAUAUUUGACACGAGUGUCAGUAUAAACAAUCUAGGGACGGAUUCGGCGCCGUUGGUGGAAAAAAAACACAGAGAAAUUGAGAAGUUAAAGAAGAAAGUGAUGAUUCUGGCCAAAGAAAACGAGCUUGAGGUGCAUUCCAAGAUGCUAAUCAUAGAUGAGCUCGAACUGGUCAAGGAGAAGUAUUCCGAGAUGGAGAAGAAGUACAGCUCAUUGAAAAGUGACUACGAUGGGUUGGUUGCCGAAUUCAGCAGCCAUCUAGAUGAAACGAGUCCUUCUGCUCAGAAUUCCGGGGAGGAGGCCGUUGUUUCAGAAAAGGAGUGUGUUGACAAAGUUGGCAGGGCAGAUGAAGUAAGUGCGUUGGAAAUGGUGAAAUCUGCACCUUCUCUGAGUGUAAACAGCCGGAAUUCAAUUGAUUUGAGAAAGAUGUCGACAUCAUCUUCAACUUCCACCUCGACAGUUCAUCAUGUGAAACGGUUGUCGUCCGAGCUUCGGGACUUGCAGAUUAAAACGUUGAAUGUGCCGAAAAGGGGAGAAAAGGAGCAAAACCAGAAGUCAAGCUCUUUGAGGGUGUCCAGUUUGAACAAAUUCAUAAAGGAUGUGGAGUUGCAGGCACAGGAGCAAAAGCACUCCCAGCAAGUGACGAAACUCAAGUUCCAAAUCCGAUCUUUGGAGCUCCAGAAUGAAAAAUUGCACAGUUACAUUGGAUUCGUGCUGCAGCAGCUGGAUGGUCAUUCUGCAAGCAGGCCUUACGAAUAUUCGGAUGAGGUCAACAUACGCAGUGCAAAGCAAACUCUUCGAACGGUUAUUCGAAGUGCUUCUGCCUAUCCUCUAAGACGGACUGCCUUUGACAAGCAUGUUAAAGGAUUGCAGCAGGAAAAUCAGAGGUUGCACCACCGUAGAUCGACACAAAGUAUGCAUCGGCAUACGGGAGACGGAUUUGUGGGAGCAAGUGCAUCAUUGGGUGGAAAUUCAUACCAUGGGACUGAUUCUAGAUCUGUAUCAGCAGAUGAUACAGACAGCUUGGCAUCUGAUUACGAUCUGGGCGGCCAGGUGGAGUUUGUUGAUCUUGGAGACACGGAAACUUUCAACGGGAAGGAUUUCCACGAUCCCAGCUCGAAGAACUCGCAAAUGAGCAUUCUUUCGGACGUUGAAGAGUUCGAAAACAAGGAAAACAACGAUCCAAGCAACGUUCUGAACGAUUUGGACCCAAACAGAUCGCUUUCAGUCUCUUUCGAGAUGGACUUCAAGCCACCUCUCUACAUGAAGGGGAAAAAACGGUCACGUAUCCUGAAGCACAGCCCUGUCCGGCAGCUUCAAAAGUUGACGGCAUUCAAUUUGAGUGCGCAGAAUUCGAUCUCGAGUCUCCUGAAUGCGGCGGGCUGUGCAGCUGAGAGUAAAAAUGUGGAUUCGGAGAAGGUUUUAGUGGAAAAUGCGGCUGCAGAUGAGUUAUUUUCAGGCAGCAAGGAGCCAAUUGACGGGAGUGAAAGUAUUACAAGUGGGAUGGAUGAUCUGGAGCGCGAAUAUGUGAUUAAUGGGCUGAGUGAUGGGGAAAUAAGCGAGAUGGAGUCGAUUCCAAAAGAUGAGGUGGACCGGUUUAAGAUAGUGAUGAUGAGAAACUACAUGUUCCCCUUGCACUCUAUAACGCGAGACUUCUAUCAUUCUAACGGAUGCAUUGAUCCGGAUGGCUUCUAUCUGGCAAUAAGUCCGAUUUUGGCACUCAGAAGAAGCCUCAAGAACUACCAUAGAAGGAAAUUUGGAACUGUUGGUCGGCCGCAUAGGAAAAAGGUCACUGAAUGUGAUACGGAGGAGGAAUACGAGGCAGAUGAAAGUGAGACUGAAACAAUUACAGAAAGUACGGGACUUACCGAAGGGGAUGCCGAUGAGGUGGACUAA